UCAUUACAUUAGUUUGAGCACCGUCGUUGCCCAGCAAGAUUUUUGUUUUCUUUUUUCCCCUUCGUCUCUGCUUCGUCUCUGCUUCCUAUGCUAUCCAUAAUGUCGUAACAAAUCCAUCCUCAAUAUUCCCUUUCCUCUAAUUUCCUCGUUUCUUCCAUUUGAUUCAAUUCUCUUUUGUUCUUCUCGCUCUUCCAGUUAACGAUGGAGGAUUUCUUUUCAUUCUCGUCUUUUCGCUACUAAAUCUCAGCUGCGAAGUUCAACUGCCAUUUGUCUUCAUCAAUCCAUAUCAAUACGCGUUUCAGAGCUCGGUUCCGGAGCUUAUGUUACUAAAUUUGUCGGCACUAAAUAUUUUCACCGAGUGUUGGAAUCUUGUUUGCAGGUGAAAUAAUCAAGCCUACAAGAGCUAUACCUAUGUAUAUAAUCACGUUUGUUUCUACAGCCUUUGCUGUACUUAAAGAGUACCUAAUUUGUAUAGAGAGAUGUGAUCAUUCUGCUUUCAACUGAUAUGAAGACCUCACAGAGAGCUCAAGAUACCAAAAAAGCUUUGGAUGAUACUGAAAAUGACCUACCAAACAACAACAAAACUGAGGCUCCUAUAACAGACGCAGGUUCAAUAUCUGGCUCAAACAAUGAUGGGAAAAAAGUUUCUCACCAAGAUAUUGAAUUUGUCCAGAAUUUAAUAGAGCGGUGCCUACAAUUAUAUAUGAAUAGAGAUGAAGUGGUAAAGACCCUAUUGAAUCGUGCAAGGAUAGAUCCUGGAUUUACGUCAUUAGUUUGGCAGAAGCUGGAAGAAGAGAAUGCUGAUUUUUUCAGAGCCUAUUACAUAAGGUUAAAAUUGAAAAAACAAAUCAUCGUUUUCAAUCAUUUGCUUGAACAUCAAUACCGUCUCAUGAACUAUUCCAUCCCUCCCAAAGUUCCUUUAGCUCCUAUGCAGAAUGGAAUUCAUCCUAUAUCUGUUAACAACUUACCAAUGGGAUAUCCAGUCCUUCAACAGCCUCCAAUGUCAAUGCGAGGUCAACCCCAUUUGGAUACUAUGGGCUCUGGGAUGCCAAGCUGCCAUGUUGUUAAUGGAGUUCCUGCACCCAGUAACUUCCAUCCUAUUAGGAUGAACUCUGGGAACGAUAUGUUGAUGAACAGUGAGGCUGAUGUGGUUCCUGUUAUUCCACCAAACGGUAACAUGUCCUCCCUGUCAGAGAUGUCUAUGAGUCCUACAUCGGUGGCAUCCAGUGGUCAUUUCUCAUUCACUGCUCCAGAAAUAUCCGGAAUUGGAGUAGAUACUUCUGCACUUGAUACUGCAUUUACAUCAGAGAUAGUAAGUUCAGUUGGUCUGCAACUUUCACAAGAUGGUGGAGCUGGAAAUUCUAGGGAUUCUCUCAGAUCGUUGGAUCAGAUUCAGUGGAAUUUUAGCCUGUCAGAUCUUACAACGGAUUUAUCAAAUUUGGGAGAUUUAGGACCAUUGGGUAACUACCCUGGUUCUCCUUUUUUGCCCUCAGACUCAGAAAUUUUGCUUGAUUCACCGGACCAAGAAGAUAUAGUGGAGGAGUUCUUCGUUGAUUCAGUCCCUGGGCCACCAGACGACGAGAAAUCCUAGACAAAGGUGACAAAGGUUUUUUUUUUGCCACUUAAAUAAGUAGGAUAGGAUAAGAUUUGACCAGAAAUCAAGAGCUCAUUGUCUAUUGAUAAAUAGGCAUUCAGUAAUUUUGUCAUGAGCACAUUUCAAUUAUUUAAAUAUUGUAGUCGCAUAGCUUGCUUUGUAGGAAUGUAGAUAGGGAAUUAGUCAUGUAGGGGAAGGAACCCGUAGUUCUUUUGUGCUGCUCAUUUCAGAGAUCUCCAAUUGCUUGGAAGUUGAAGCUGGUUGUUCAGUUUUUAAUCCCUUUUCUGGUCUGGAUUUUAAAGGUCAAAUGACGACCAUCCUAUAAUUAACAGUACAUUUUAUAUGUUUGAUUGUUUCUGCUCUCAUUUAAUGCCUUUCAUUAAUCGGAAAAACCCAUCAAAUUA